AUGCGGUUCGAGAGGGCGGCCUUCUUGUUGGCGCUUUCAGGCGUCCAGGCCUUGCCAGCAGGCAACUCUCACAAUGACGAGACGUGGGAUGUCAUUGUUGUGGGAGCUGGACCAGCCGGGAUCAUCGUCGCCGACCGCAUGAGCGAAGCUGGCAAGAAGACACUUCUCCUCGAACAAGGCGAACCUUCAUACUACAUCACCGGAAGCCGCGAAAGGCCCGCAUGGCUCGACAACACCGAUCUGGGCCGUGUCGAUGUGCCUGGUCUGUACAAAUCGAUCUACACCAACCCUAGCUAUAAUCUCUUGUGCAAUGAGACACAGCUGAACGCGUACGCUGCGUGCACGAUUGGCGGAUGCACUGCCAUCAACGCUGGGCUAUUCUUCCAGCCUCCUUCAACCGAUUUCGAUCGUUACUUUCCCCAAAAGUGGAAGUACAGCGACCUUUCGAGCGCCAUCUCGAAGCUACGUGCGAAGCAGCCAUUCACUCAGAACCCUUCCACGGACGGCAAGUACUACUUGCAAUUAGGAUACACGGCAGCCAAGAAAUGGCUCGUUGAAGGUGCUGGGUACAAAGAGGUCACCUUCAACGACGUACCAAACGACAAGACCGAAGUCUUCGGCCACCCAGAGUUCAUGUACGAAGGAGGCCAAAGAAGCGGCCCGGUCAAGACAUACCUCCAAGACGCCCUCAAGCGCUCCAACUUCAAGUUCCAACACGGCGUGCAAGUCAAGCGCGUCGUCCGCAACGGCGGCAAAGCGACAGGCGUAAUCGCCAAAAUCAACGGCAAAGAAACACACCUCAAGACCUGCGACCAAAACGGCCGAGUCAUCCUCUCCGGCGGCGCCCUCUUCAGCCCACAACUCCUCAUGCUCUCCGGAAUCGGCGACAGCGCCGCCCUAACAAACCUCUCCCAACACGGCCUCCUCUCAAUACCCCCCUCCUCCUGGAUCAACAACACCGCCGUCGGCGCCGGCCUCUUCGACAACCCCAACACCUUCAUCGAACUCUCCGGCCCCCAAAUCCACUCCUACAUCUACAACUACACGACGCCCAUCCCAUCCGACCGAGACCUCUACCUCCAACACCGCUCCGGCCCCUACGCCUUCGCCUCCGAAACCUCCGCCUUCUGGGACGAAAUCGCCUACCCGAACGGCGACAAAGUCGGCGUGCAAGGCACGAUCGACUCCUCCGGCUUCGGCGGCUACCUCGACAACAACACCAUCACCCUCAACAUCUACGGCACCUCCGGCAUGAAAUCCUUCGGGCGCGUGGCCGUCAACACAACCUCCUCGGCCCCCGGCCCGGCCGCGCCCUUCUUCUACACGGACCCCACGCACCGCGACGCCGACGCCAUCGCGUCCUUCAUCCACAAGCUCUUCGCGGCCCUCCCAGCCUCCGGCCUCACGCCCCGCAACAUCCCCGCCAACGCGACCAAGGACGAAAUCGUGGACUACAUCACCUCCCCCUCGGCGUACACGCUGGGGAAUGUGAAUCACUGGAGUUCGAGCUGUCGGCUGGGGGAAUGUGUGGAUGUUGAUACGCGGGUGAAGGGGAUGCAGAAUUUGUUUGUGGUCGAUGCGAGUAUUGUGGAGCCGUUGACGGUGAAUCCUUCCAUGGGCGUGAUGAUUGCGGCGGAGAGGGCGGUGGAGUUGAUUUUGGGGGAGGGGAAGUAG